CAGUCGCCUCUCUCCGCUCUUCAGUUGUACUGCGAAGAAAAGUCUGUCCUGGGUUUGGAGUAGCUGAUUACAAUGGCAGACAUUCUGGCUAAAGUCCCCGACGUAGAGAUUGAUCCAGAGGGAACAUUCAAAUACAUAUUAUUAAGAAUUAAAGCCAAAGAUGGCGAUGCAUUUAAACACAUAGUUCGGGGCACGAAAAGUGCAGAGUACCACAAUCACAUCUUUGAGAAAGUGAGUCCAGCCAUGGAUGCCCUGGGUCUGGAGUGUAAAUGUCUUGGAGGAGGGAAGAUCGAGCACAACAGUUCUGACAAAAAAAUUAGAGUCUUUGGUGAAUCAACUGCAUUUGGUAAAGCUGACCAUGCAGAGUCUGCAGAGAAGCUUAAGAGUGCCUUUAGUGGAUAUGAGGUCACUUGGUCAGAUGACAAAAAAUAAACACUCCAACUUCUAUCAAAGGAUCAACCCUACUGCAUU